GGUUGGUUGCAUUGCCCCAGUCCCAUAUAAAACCAUCUUCGUGUCUCUCAGAGAGAGAGAGAGAGAGAGAGAGAACCACCACUACAAAACAAACAAACCCGCACAUAUUCGAGUAGGUAGUAGUAUCAAUCUGCGGAGAAGAAAGGAAAAUGGAUUCAGAUUACGGAAUUCCAAGAGAACUCUCCGAUUUGCAAGAACUUCGAUCUACCUACCAGCCUUUGCUUCCUCCAUGUCUUCAGGGAACUACUGUCAGGGUAGAAUUUGGCGAUGCAACUACCGCAGCAGACUCCUCUGGUGCCCGCACCAUCAGUCGCAUCUUUCCGCACACAUAUGGUCAGCCUUUGGCUCACUUUCUUAGAGCAAAUGCAAAGGUCCCUGAUGCUCAGAUAAUUACUGAUCAUCCAGCAAUAAGAGUGGGAGUGGUCUUCUGUGGGAGGCAAUCUCCUGGAGGACAUAAUGUUAUAUGGGGUCUUCACAAUGCUCUCAAAAUUCACAACCGUAACAGUACUUUACUUGGAUUUUUAGGUGGUUCUGAAGGUUUAUUUGCACAGAAAACUCUUGAGAUCACAGAUGACAUUCUUGCAACCUACAAAAAUCAAGGUGGUUUUGAUUUGCUGGGACGGACAAAAGAUCAAAUAAGAACAACUAAGCAAGUUAAUGAUGCACUGGCUGCAUGCACUGCUUUGAAGUUGGAUGGCCUUGUCGUUAUUGGAGGGGUAACAUCAAACACAGAUGCAGCUCAACUUGCAGAAACAUUUGCAGAAGCAAAAUGCUCAACGAAGGUGGUUGGGGUUCCUGUUACUUUAAAUGGAGAUCUCAGGAACCAAUUUGUUGAAACUAAUGUUGGUUUUGAUACGAUAUGUAAGGUUAAUUCUCAGCUGAUUAGCAAUGUCUGCACUGAUGCUCUCUCUGCAGAGAAGUAUUAUUAUUUUAUCAGACUCAUGGGCCGUAAGGCAUCUCAUGUUGCUUUGGAAUGCACGCUUCAGUCACAUCCAAAUAUGGUUAUUCUUGGUGAGGAGGUGUCUGUGUCAAAGCUCACUCUUUUUGACUUGACAAAACAAAUUUGUGAUGCAGUGCAAGCCAGGGCAAACCAAGAAAAGUACCAUGGAGUCAUUCUGCUACCAGAGGGGCUUAUUGAAAGCAUUCCUGAAGUGUAUGCUCUCUUGCAGGAAAUUCAUGGUUUGCUCAGCCAAGGUGUUUCCGUUGAUAGUAUUUCUUCUCAUCUAUCGCCUUGGGCGUCUGCCUUGUUUGAGUUUAUGCCACCCUUUAUUAGAAAACAGCUCCUCCUCUACCCAGAAUCUGAUGAUUCUGCACAGUUAUCGCAGAUUGAGACUGAGAAACUUCUAGCUUUUCUUGUCGAAGCAGAAAUGAACAAGAGAUUGAAAGAAGGCACUUACAAGGGGAAGAAGUUUAAUGCCAUCUGCCACUUUUUUGGUUAUCAAGCAAGGGGAUCUUUACCAUCAAAAUUUGAUUGUGAUUAUGCUUAUGUUCUUGGGCAUAUCUGUUAUCAUAUUCUGGCAGCUGGUCUGAAUGGUUACUUGGCAACUGUUACUAAUUUGAAACAUCCCGUGAACAGGUGGCGUUGUGGUGCAGCUCCAAUUACAGCAAUGAUGACUGUAAAGCGUUAUGGCCGCGGUGUUGGGGCCUCAUCAAUUGGAAAACCUGCUCUGCAUCCUGCUACCGUGGAUUUGAAAGGCAAACCAUACGAGCUGCUGAAACAAAAUGCGACAAAGUUUUUGAUGGACGAUGUUUACAGAAACCCUGGACCUAUUCAAUUUGAUGGUCCUGGUGUUGAUGCUAAAGCUGUAACUCUGUGCGUUGAAGACCAGGAUUACAUGGGCCGUAUCAAGGAACUGCAGGAGUAUCUUGACAAGGUGAGAACCAUCGUGAAGCCAGGGUGUUCGCAGGAUGUACUUAAAGCAGCGUUGAGUGCCAUGGCUUCUGUGACGGAAAUUCUCUCAUUAUUGUCCUUACAAUCAAACAUCGGGCAGACACCGUUUUAGAAAGCACACAAAUAAAUCACUUGUUGGCUUUUCUCACUAGAGCUUUUCUAGGAGAGACUGCAAACGUGCUUCUAGAAACUUCCUUUUUGAUCCUUGUUUAAAUACUCUCACGUAAAUUUAUAUCAUAUAAAUUUCUUUAAAGUUCAUGGUUUUCUUUGUUAAAACAACAUUUUGUAACUUUUUGAUGUAAAAUAAAUUGAAUGUCUCUGUAUCGAGGGGAAUUUAGGAGGAUUAUAGAAAAGCGAUGAUUUUUAUUUGUUGUGAGAAGAUGAUUUUUAUUUGUUGUGAGAAAAAGACGAACAAAUAAAUCACUUGCCUUCCUCACCAGAGCUUUUGUA